ACUACUCUCUCUCUCUCUCUCUCUCUCUCUCUCUCUCUACCAUUCGGACCAUCAAGGUCCCCAGUUUUGCACUUCCAAACCUCCUCUCUCUCUCUCAUGGUUGCUUUAAAGGUUCUUAGGGAAGUUUACUUUUUUCCCAUUUUUUUCUUCAUGGGGUAUCUUUUGGAAGCAACCAAAGGAAAUGCACAAAUGCAGAGAGAGACAGAGAGAGAGAGAGGUGAAAAGGGAUUGAGAGAUCAUCAACAGUCUCCCUUUGGGAAUGCCUAAAACGCCUUUGUAUACUUGGAGGCAGAAUGGCCAGAAGGCUUCAAAGUUUGGAGCAAAAUCUCAAAGUUGGGUAUGCGUUAUUACUCAAUUGUGAAGAUGAGAAUUAGUAGAACCCAUCUUUAGGGUCAUGGUAAAUUAGUGGUAAUUUCUGGGUAACAAAUGCGUGCCAUUUGAACAUUGGUAUACGUGUAAACUCAAUGCCCAGAUUACGUUUCCCAUAAGGAAACACUUAGCAUCGAUUCCAUGCUCUCUCUCUCUCUAACUAAACACCUAGAUAGCAGUGGUUGCAAGCUGAAAUGAUUCUCUCUCUCUCUUCCUCUUCUAAUUCUCCUUUAAGGGCUGGGUUUUGACGCUGAGAAAUUCAGAGAACUGCAAUUUGAAUGGCCACAGAGAUGGCCAUUACUCAUGCUGAUCUCGACUCUUCCAUGAGACGCCCAAGCUUUGAUCCAGGCCAAGUUGUUGGCAUUGCCAUCGUAUUGAUCUCCAUUCUUGGGGCUCUCUCUACCUUCUUCUUCUCUCUAGCAGCUGAAUUGUCCAGAUCAACGGGAAAGUGGAUGUUGGCUUCUAAUCCAAUAGAUGGGGAGAAAGUACUGUGUGUUUAUGGUGGUGAUGGAAAGACUCCGAGCUUGUGUGCAUUGGGUGCGUUUGUGGUAUUAGGCAUUGCCAUGCUUGUGCAGCAGGCUUUCAUCAUAUCGGCUGCGAGAAAUUCUGCAUCAUCACCAGAUGGUUCUCGGCCUCUAGUUGCUUGGAUGUUUUCUUCCUCUCCCUCCGAGUCUUUGCACUAUCUAGAGACACUGUUCUUUGGUUUUUCUUGGGUGUGUUUCUCAGUGGCCGAGGUGCUUCUAUUGAUAGGGAUAGUGGUGGAGUCCAACCACUCGCGCAACUGGAGAUCACCAAAAUCACAUUGCCUCCUUUUCCCUAAAGGAUUCUUCUUAGCUACCGGGAUUCUCGGAAUAUUUGCAUUAUCAUGUCCAAUGCAGUCAUAUUUGAUAGCUCUCUGGUCUAGAAGAAAACCUGUAAAUAGGAACACUCAACAACAAAAUUUGGAGGCUCAUGCAUCUCAAAUGAGGCCGCCUAGUUAUCCAAUAGGUUCCACAAGUUUUUCAGCCAAUUCACAAUCCAUCCAAGUUAUCUCUAAGCCUCCUCAGUGAAAUUGACUAUCUUGGACUUGUGUACAAGAAUCAAUUCUAAAUAUAUCUUGUAAAUUCAUGUAAAGUUUCACUAAAUCAAAUAUUUUUUGGGAAAAUCUAAUGAUUUAGAGCUCUAAGACAGGAUUUUGGAUCCUGGUUAUAUGUUUGCCUAAAAGGAGAGGCAUUCGUCAGUGGGGCUGCAACACACUGCAGGAACAGCCAACCCAUCUAAAAGUCGAGCAUCAACGUCCAUUACAUGCAUACACACAAUCAUGUAUAUGUGUAUUGUAUAUUUGUCACAUGUAACAUGCAUAAACAUUUUUUACAAACUUCUUUUGUAUGCAAAAGUGGGCGUUUAGAAUA